GAACCCGAGGGCGCCCAGGCGCCGAGGGCGGGAUUGGACUCGGCUUGGGCGUGAGAUGGCGGCGGUAGCUGUGAGAGGCGCCAAGCGGAGCCUGCGGGGAGAGCUGAAGCAGCGUCUGCGGGCGAUGAGUGCCGAGGAGCGGCUACGCCAGUCCCGCGUACUGACCCAGAAGGUGCGGGGCCACCCGUAACGGAAGCCGCGGCGGCCAGACGCUCUGAAGGCCUGGCGGCCAACGCUUGCUGAUCUGUGCAUGGUCCGUUCAGGCGCUGGGCAAGGCACCGCCCCCCGGCGCGCGCACGUUUCGCCCCCCCCCGGCGCGCGCACGUUUCCCCUCCCGGCGCGCGCACGCCCCUUCCUGGCGCGCGCACGCCCCGUAGUCGUGGUCUUGGCGCUCUUGGCACUAUGGUGGGGAGAGGGACAAGUAACGAAAGUUGUGGGGCUAAAGAGCGAGAGGAUGGCAGGGGUUGACAGAUUUAUCCCUGGGAGGAGAGUUCGUUUGCAUAGGUGGCACCUUUGGUGCUCGAAAACUCCUCCGUGGGGAUGACGGUAUUGUGGUGAGAGCAGGCUGAGAACAGAAAGUUGUGGUAGGGGAGACGGGUGAACACCUGAGUGCCCAGGUUCCCUCAGUGAGGCCUAAGGUUAAUGAGCUAUGAGUAAGACUCCAGUUAUGUUAGUAAAAUGGCCAGAGAAAGAUGCAGGUGCUUUAGACGAGGGAACACCAAAAAAGGUGUGGAGAUGCCUAAGGGCAGAACUCAGAUGUUGACUGGACUUCACUAAGCAUAUGGAGGGCUAAGGCUGUGUCUCAGUAGCUCCAGGGCCUAGGCUUUUCUUGUCUCAGAGUUGAUGAACAUUAAAUGCUUUUUCUUGAGUGAAUGAAAGGAAGACGUGGCUAUCAUACCCAGGCUUCCCAAGAACGUAGGAAGCAGAAGAGAGAAAUGAGAGGAAUAAGUGAGGGUCCAUGUUUGUUGGUUAGCAGACCUCUGUUUUAUUACUUUCACCAACUGCACUGCUGUGUAUUUUUAGUCUAUGUAAUGUCAGUUUUCUUAUCAAUAAAAUGGCAGUCAUAUCCUGUCGUGAAGGCAUGUUCUAAAGAGUUUUUGGGGACUUAUUUUUGUUAGACACCAGAGGAAGAAAAAUUUAAUGUCCGCUGAAUAAGUACAUAUUUGUAAUUCUGUUGUAAGUCAAACUGAUGAUCUGUCUUCCCAGCAUCAUGCCUCAGAGACAACAGUGGGUAUUUGGAGACUUGAUGUUCCUUGGAAUUAGUUAUACCAUCAGGCUUUCUUAAUUACUCUUCACUAUUCUAUUAUCCGUUAUUUACUCAAAUUCAAGGUGCCUAUGGGUUAAAGCAGUAAAGCAUAUAUACUCAUUUCACCCCUCUCUUCAUCUGUGUAGGUGUGCAUGAGGGAAUCUAUACAGAUGUUAAUUCGUUCGUUCAAACAGAAUUAUUUUAGCUAUUAUGAGGAAGCAUUGCUGGGUGUUUUAGUAGAUGUAAAGGAUAUAGACUCUUGUCCUUACUAUCUAGUUGUUUAAAAUUUAGCGAAUUCAUUCACAUAUGUUGAACACUUAUGUAGUGCACACUUGGCUAUGUACUGGGUUGUGGAGAUGAAAAAGGUAUGAUUGUUGCUCUAAAGGAGCAGAGAGCCUGGAAGAGGAAACAGACGUGAAUAAAGAAUUGCAUUGAAGCCGGAUAUAUGAUAAAGGUGAUUGCCCACAGUGAGUAUCAAAAGUCCAAAAGAAUUUCCAUCUUUCUGAGCAUGCAAGAUGAAAUUGAGACAGAAGAGAUCAUCAAGGACAUUUUCCAACGAGGCAAAAUCUGCUUCAUCCCUCGGUACCAGUUCCAGAGCAAUCACAUGGAUAUGGUGAGAAUAGAAUCACCAGAGGAAAUUUCUUUACUUCCCAAAACAUCCUGGAAUAUCCCUCAGCCUGGUGAGGGUGAUGUUCGGGAGGAGGCCUUGUCCACAGGGGGACUCGAUCUCAUCUUCAUGCCAGGCCUUGGGUUUGACAAACAUGGUAACCGACUGGGGAGGGGCAAGGGCUACUAUGAUGCCUAUUUGAAGCGCUGUUUGCAGCAUCAGGAAGUGAAGCCCUACACCCUGGCGUUGGCUUUCAAAGAACAGAUUUGCCUCCAGGUCCCAGUGAAUGAAAACGACAUGAAGGUAGAUGAAGUCCUUUACGAAGAUUCAUCAACAUCUUAAAUCUGGAUUACUACAGCCAAAUAAUCAGUGUUUUAUAUGAGAGUAAAGCAAAGUAUGUGUAUUUUUCCCUUGUCAAAAAUUCGUUGAAAUUGUACAUUAAUGUGAAUACAGACUGCAUUUUAAAAUUGUAAUUAUGAAAUACCUUAUAUAAAACCAUCUUUAAAACCAAUAGAAGUGUGAAUAGUAGAAUAUUAAUUAAAAUGGAGGCUAUCAGCCUGUGAUUUUCAGCUUAACUUCCUGGUGUUAAUGUGACAAGUUGAUCUGUCUACUUUGCAGUUUAAGUUAAAUAUUUAUGAGGAACUGUGCUCCGACUGAGUGUGAGAGGAAGGUAAACUCGCUGGGAGUGGACACUGUAUUUCAUUAUGCCUGUCAUGACCUGGUCGGUCCUGGCAGGCCCAUGGAGACUUGGGGACUAUUAAUUUAUUUGUUGGUAUUUGCUUUGGAUACAAAAUUCCCUAAGAAUAUUAUCUCACUUCAUCAUGACUUCCUUUACCCACUCUAGAAUUUUAUGUUGGACACUUUGUAGCUUUUGGUGGUUAGUGGAGGGAAACCUUUUAUGAUUUAAAUACUUCCACUCCACUGAUUGGUUACCAUCACUGCAUGUAUCAGCCCUUGAUGAGUUUAAGAUCUGGUAUCUUAUAAGUUAGAAAUUAUUUCUGUUUACUCAUGGUUUCUGCUUUGGAAAUGAAAUUUGCUGUGGGUUGAAAGUUGGCAGAUGGCAACACAGCUAGGGAGCAAUAAUUUUGUUGUGGGGAGGAUUUGGUCAUCUCCAGAAACCCAGGAGUCUUAAUAGACAUGGCUGUCUUACUCACACCCCACGUCCAUCCUUUCACCAGGUCUUGUUGAUUUUGCCUCUGAAAUGCCUCUUAAAUCUAUUCUCUCCUUUCAAUUGUCCUGUCACUCCUUUUGUCCAUCCAGCCUUUUAGCAUUUCUAAGCUGGACUAGGCGAGAGUGUCACACCUGCUUCCCUUGGCUUCCAUCUUGCCUCUUCCAGUUUAUUUCUCAAGCUGCAGUCAAACUGAUCUUAGAAAGCACGAAUCUAAUCAUGCAGCACCCCUGACUAAGGUCUUCCAGUGGCUGUUCAGAGCCUCCUGGGUAGCAAACAGAUGGCUUCUGUUGUAUACAAAGCCCCUUAAGAGAGGUCUCAUCUACUUUUUCUAGCCUCUUCUCUCCCAUCUCUCAUAUUCUCCUUCUGUAACACUGACUGAGCACUGCAGGCUUCUUCUGCCCUUUGCACAUAGUAAGCAUGCAUUUCUCUCUGUCUGAAAUGCUCUUUCUUUUGUUCAUCUAGAAGACUGUUUUCCCUUGAAGACUCAGCUGUAGCAUCACCUCUUCUGUGAAGUCCUCUGUUACUUUUUCAAGCAGAGUGAGUGUUCCUUCCCUUGUCUGAGUGGCCUUGGCCAUUGAUCUGCUUAUCAUGUUGUCUUACGUAUCAAAUUAUUUGUUGUCAUAUCUGUCCCCUUCACCAUACUGUGAGCUCCAAAGAAGAGAAGUGAUCUUUAUGCUUCUUAUGCUUAGUAGACAACUAGACAUAUAGUGUGUGUGUGAGAGAGAUAAUUUUUUAAUGAAAUAAUUGAAUACAUUGGAAGUGUUUCAUUCAAAAUACUCAUCCAUUAUUCUUUGGAUAAUAGCAUAAAUUUGAUGUUUGAUGUACAAAAGUAAAAACAUUUGAAAAAUAUCAGGCUGAAUAUGGAUUUGUACAAUAUAAUAUGUAUGAUGAGGAAGGGGAAGGAAACCGAAUUCCCACAAGCUGUGAAGUCACAUUAUUGUACUGGUUAAAAAUAUUGUUAAGUAUUAUUUCGACUAUAAGGUUAAAGUGAAUGUUAAUGUAGCUGACGUGACUGUUGGUCUGAAAUGGUAGAGCAGUAAAAUUCCUGACCUGCCGCAGGUCUAGAAAGUUUGGCAUUGUUGAACUUAGUCUAUGUUAUUCUUCUAUUAAAUGAGAGCAUUUAAAAACCACUCUACCAGCUCCUCAAGUGCAGACAGAAUGCCGAGUUAACUGGCCAGAAAAUGCAGGGUGCUGAGAUUCAGGAAAGUCAGAGGGCCACAGAGUCUCUGGCCUGAAAAGUGAAGCACUGCCUAGUGAUCAGUAAUGCACAGUAGUCUUUGUGCAGAGGAUAUUGGAAGGGAGAAAAUGCCCCUAUGAUGUAGGUGAUGACAACACUGUAACUCUGAUUAGGGCAUACACAGAGGCUGAAGACAAGGCCUUAGACUCAGGAGGCAAGCACUUCAGUACAGGCUAACAUGAAGGAAGAAUGAUGAGUGUCUCAGAUGAGGGGACAAUCUGAGUAGAAGAGAAAUAGCAACUAGAUCUGAACAAAAACAAUUUCAAAUAUUGGGAAAUUGGAAAUAUAUCAGGGCCCCAACAUAGGUCUGUGUUUGCUGUACUAUAGAACUGUGCUUAAUUUAAUUAGAAAGUAAACUAUAUAAAGUUCUAGUCAAGAGCAUUAUACACUUAAUCACAAAGUCUUACUAACUAGGAGAUUGAUAAAUGUGUCUAGGUGUGAGUGUCUUGCUGCAGACAGUUCCUGGUCCCAAUUUUUUUUUUUUUCUGCAGAGAUCAUUGAAAUUCAGUUGAUCACACUGCUCUUUAGUCAUAUGUUUACAUGCUUAAUUUCUCCACUACCCUAUGAUCUCCUCAAAGGCAAAUUCUCUGCCAAGUUCAUGGUUUAUUCCAGUAUCUACCACAGACACACAAAAUAAAGAGCCAAUAAAUUCUUU